GUUUCUCUCUUGAAGGUGGACUAUUACAGGCUAUUCCCAUACAACGUAACAAUGGUGUGGAUGGUUUGCUUACGGAGCUGUUUGAUUCAACUGGGAAUUGAUAAAGAAGCAAAAGAGGAUUAAGCUCUAUGGCUCCGUCGGAGAUCGAGCCAGCUUUACCAGAACCGUCGGGAUCAUUGGUUUUGAGUAGCGCAGACGAAUCAGAUCGUCGUUUCGCUAAUCUCAGAGGGGUUCGGUGGCGCGUGAAUCUCGGAGUUCUUCCGUCUUUGGCUUCUUCAAUCGAUGAAUUUCGUAAAGCAGCAGCCAAUUCUCGCCGAAGAUACGCUCUUCUCAGGAGAAGACUUUUGAUCGAUUCACAUGUACUCAAACAUGAAGAUAGUUCCUCUAAUUUUUCAAUUGACAACCCCUUGUCCCAAAAUCCGAAUAGCACAUGGGGUCAAUUCUUUCGUAACGCUGAGUUGGAGAAAACACUGGACCAAGAUUUAUCGAGGUUAUAUCCAGAACACCGGUGUUUUUUUCAAACAGCGAGAUGCCAAGGAAUGCUAAGACGCAUUCUAUUGUUGUGGUGCCUUAAGCAUCCUGAGUAUGGGUAUAGGCAAGGAAUGCACGAGCUUUUGGCACCCCUCCUUUAUGUACUUCAUGUUGAUAUCAUGCGUCUUUCUGAAGUGCGUAAAAGCUAUGAAGAUUAUUUUACUGACAGAUUUGAUAGUUUAUCUUUAAAAGAAAGAGAUAUCAGUUAUACCUUUGAUUACAAUAAGUUUAUGGACGAUGGGAUUGGUUCCCAGGGAUAUUCAAAGAAAAUUAAAAGUCUAGAUGAGCUUGAUCCUGAAGUCCAGUCCCUAGUGAUGUUGACUGAUUCUUAUGGGGCAGAAAGUGAACUUGGGAUUGUUUUGUCUGAAAAAUUCAUGGAACAUGAUGCGUACUGUAUGUUUGAUGCUCUAAUGAGUGGGAUUCAUGGUUGCUUCGCCAUGGCUAGCUUCUUUAGUUACUCUCCAGCCAGAGGUUCCUACACCGGGUUAACUCCAGUUCUUGAAGCGUGUAGCGCAUUUUAUCGUCUUUUGGCUGUUGUUGAUUCAUCUUUGCACAGUCAUCUAGUUGAACUUGGAGUUGAACCUCAGUACUUUGGUCUUCGUUGGUUGAGAGUUUUGUUUGGAAGAGAAUUUUUGCUUCGGGAUCUCUUGUUAGUGUGGGAUGAGAUAUUUUCAGCAGAUAAUAGUGCAAGAACGGAUACAAAUGAUGACGAUAGCAGAAACCACGGCUUCAGGAUCUUUGAUUGUCCUCGCGGAACUUUAAUUACGGGAAUGACUGUUUCAAUGAUAUUAUAUUUAAGAUCUUCCUUGCUUUCUACUGAAAAUGCAACCUGCUGUCUACAGAGACUAUUAAAUUUUCCAGAGAACAUUGACCUGAAUAAGAUAAUACAGAAGGCCAAGUUGUUACAAGCUUUGGUUUUGGAUACUGAUGUACGAUCAGCUCUGUCAAUAAAUGGUGUCUUCGACCAGAGGAGUUCUGUACCUGCAAGAACUAAAAGUUUUCCAUCUAGCUCCACUUCACCUAGAUCUCCUUUGAUUAUCGCACCUGAAAGCUAUUGGGAGAAGAACUGGAGAGUUCUACACAAAGCCGAGGAAGAAGAAAGGAAACUUUGUUUGGAGAAACAGAGUCCUCCUACACAGAAGAAAAAGAGGUGGUUGAAGGUGACAAAAUUUUUCCGAGCAGUGAUUGAUCUAUCACAUCUUAAGUCAGGAAUUGGCAAAAGGAAAGAAAAUUCAUCUCCUGUGACACAAAGUUUGCUUGAAUAUUCGUCUGAGCAGUUCAAUGUUGAUUGUCCUGUGAUUGUGAACAAGGAGAACAGUCCUCCUCAAGAAACUGAGGAAGGCCUUAUGGAUUUCCAUUCUGCAGACGAAGAGAGUAUCAUAAGUGGAAAUGCACCAAGUGAGGAGAAUUCAUUCGUCUCCUUAGACCCAACCAGUCCUGUCAGAUGUUCAACCUACAUUGAAAACGAUUCAGAUAGCAGUACUGGCACAAAUUUGCUUCCCAAUGAAAACGACAAAAGCAUAGAUUCAAUCAGUGAAGAGAAUUCAUCUGUCUCCUCUGAUCCAAUCAGUCCUGCCAUAGCUUCAAAUUACAGUGGAAAUGAUUCAGAUUGCAGUAUUGUAAAUCAACCUGUUUCUAUAUCUUCCCAUCCGAGAAAUGAGUAUCUAGUAACUCAGUCUAAUGAAGACGACUCCACAGAUAAAUCUGUGGGCAUUACUAAGGAGUACAAGCUUUUACAUGGAAUAGUGCAGUGGUUUCGGAAGCUUAAACGCACUUUGUCCAGUGAGGAGACUUCUGAUAGAAACGCUUCUGAUGCCACAAAAACCAACAAUUUUGAGAUUAAAAAGAACCAUAUCGGUUGCUAUUCUGAGUCCCAUCCCAAAGCUUUAUCUUUUAGCAGCAAUGGAGACUCAAGUCAGAAUCUGAUGAAGACUCUGAAGAACCUUGGCCAGUCCAUGCUCAAACACAUUCAGGCAAUCGAGUUGGUCUUCCAACAAGAACCUAGUCUGGUUCAGGCAGGAUUGAUAGGGAACUUAGCUAAAACCAAUAUGAUCGAAAAGGGACAAGUCAAAGCUAUAACAGCACUUAAGGAGCUCCGGAAAAUCAGUAAUUUUUUGUCAGAGAUGUGAGGUUGUGUUCUCUCAUUUGUUUAGUCAGCUCUGUAUAUACAUUGUGAAAUGUAUAUUGUUUUAGCGUAAAAGAGAAAAGUUUCUGUUUGCAAUCGAAGUGUGGUUAGUUCUAAAUGUGUAGAGGAAAACUCAUGAAAGAAAUUGAGAUGAAUUUC